AUGGCGGAGAUUGCGGCCAGUAGUGCUGCUGCAACAAAAUGUACUGAUAUAUUGGUAGACAAAGUAACAAAGGAACUUCCAUAUUUGUGUUGUUACAAGAGUUAUGCAGCUGAAUUUGAAGAGAGAAAAGGAGAAUUGUCAGCUGGAGUGGAGAGUGUGGACAUGAAGAUAAAAGAAGCCAAAAGAAGGAAUGAAACUCAAAUUGACCCUUUAGUUAAGCAUUGGGUUCGAAAAGCCAACAACUUCAUUCAGCAAGAAACAAGACCAAAGAAAUGGUUUGGUUUCUGUAAUGAUUGGUUUUUGCAAUAUUCACUGGCGAAGAAAUUAGAGCGCAUCAUGCAAGAGAUUCCAACAAUAAUGGAGAAAGCUGAGAACUUCUCACAAGUUGCACAUGCAGCUGGACCUCCAGGCAUGGAGUUCUAUUCACAAGAGUUUAUGCAUUUUAAAAGUAGAAACUUAGUUUAUGAACAACUUAGGGAGGAGCUGAAAAAUGACAAUAUACAUAGGAUUGGAUUGCAAGCAAUGGGAGGAUCAGGGAAAACCACAAUGACAAAAGCAAUUGGUAAGGAACUUGAAAAUUCAAAGGCAUUUGAUAAAGUUGUCUUCAUUGAAGUGCCUAAUCCUGUUGACGAAAAGAAGAUUCAAGAUGAAAUUGCAAAAAAAUUGGAGUUGAAGUUGGAGGAUGGCAAGGAUUUAACACACGCAGAACAAAUAUGGAUCAGAAUCACUAAUGCUGGAAGUGUAUUCAUAAUACUUGAUGAUGUCUGGGAAGAGCUCAAACUUGAGAACAUAGGGAUUCACCAUGGCAUCCAUACCCAGGGCCGGUGUUGUGUCUUGCUAACCACACGUUAUGAGACAAUUUGUAGAAGAAUGGGCUGCCAAAAGACUGUUAAACUAGGGCUCUUGCCUGAGGAAGACGCAGUGAAUCUUUUCCUACAUCAUGCCACCGAAAAUGGGAAGGAUUGUCCUAAUAAAUUGAAGUUGCUAGCAUCAAAAGUUGUGAUUGAGUGUGGAAACUUACCAGUUGUAAUUGUAGCAGUUGCACGAACAUUUAGAAAUUGGGAUCCAAAUGAAUGGGAGGAUGCUUUUGCAGUAAUAGAAAAAUAUUCAUCCUUAAGGCAUGGGAACACUGAUGAAGAAGUGAAAAAGUUUUACAAUUCUCUGAAAAUAAGCUUCAAGUGUCUAGAUAGAGGAGCGCAAGAUCUCAUCCUGCUAUGUUCUAUAUUCCCAAGAGCUUAUGAAAUACCAGUAGAGGUUUUAAGCAGAAUUGCUAUAGGUUCAGGGCUUAGUGAAAAUGUUGGCAGCUACUAUAGAGCAAGAAGUGAAGUUCUUUCAAUCAAAACCACACUCGUACGUUCUGCUUUAUUGCUCACUACUAGAGAAAGAUUUGUAAAGAUGCAUGAUGUGAUUCGUGAUAUAGCCCAUCAAAUAGGAGAUGAAAAGAUUCAAGUAAUCAUGGAUUCUAAAAGUAAAUUGAAGGAGAAUGUAAAAUAUUCAUCAUGGAUGAUAGAUGACUUUUCCAACUCUUUUGAGGGCAUUAAUCUUGAGGUUCUUUUAGUAUGGGUAAAUAAUGCAAGUCAUUCUUUGGGAGUUCCUGAGGCAUUCUUUGGAGGUAUGAAGGGUCUUAGAGUUUUGCUUUUGUGUUCUAAGGUUAAGUUUUGGAGAACAUUGGCCUUGUCACUGCCAAAAUCAAUUCAUUCACUUGAAAAUAUCCAAACACUGUCCCUAACAAAUUGGGAGUUGGGUGAUAUAUCUAUUUUGCAAAACCUCAAAAAACUCCAAACUCUUGAAUUGACAAAUUGUUCAAUUAGUGAAUUGCCAAAUGAAGUUAGCCAACAGGAGAAACUGAGGUUGCUAGGCUUGGUAGAUUGUUCAAUCGAAAAGAUCCCAUUUGAGGUGAUUGGGAGAUGCUCGAAACUUGAAGUAUUGUAUUAUAUUUCAAAUCAUGACACUCUUAAAAUUAAUCCAAAGCCUUCUAAAAUUAUAGAUCUUCAUCAAGAAUUUAGAAUAUAUCAUGUAGAAGGCAACUACUCUUACCAGCGUUCUUUUCAAUUGGAUGCUUCAACAAAAAGAUAUUUCAAUUCAACCAAGUUAAAAGGGAUCUUGUCCGAAAGCACAAUCAAAUCCCUGGCAGCAAGAGCAGAGAUUCUUGAGUUAACAGAAUGUAAUGAUACAAGAUGGACAAACCUUAUUCCUGACAUAGUUGAUCCUCAAGAAGAUGAAGGCAUGAAUGGCUUAAUUAGGCUUUCUUUGAAAUCUUGGCCUGCAAUACAAUGCCUCAUCAAUACAAGUGGAAUUCAAUCUCAUGCAACCAUCUUCUCAAACUUAGUUGAGGUACAACUUUCUAACAUGUGUGUGAGGGAAUUAUGUCAUGGUGAUUUUCCUAAUGACUUUCUCAAGCAACUAGAGAAGCUAUACAUAAGUGGUUGUGCUGAAAUAGACGGCACACUAUUGAAGGGCAAGCUAGAGCUAAGUAGUUUGAAAUCUAUAGAGUUAAAUGGUUAUUCGAUAACAUAUCUUUUCUGUCUAUCCACAGCUCAAAGUCUAAAGCAACUGGAAAAGUUGGACAUAAGCGGAUGCUCAAAGAUGAAAUGCCUAAUAAGUGAUGAUAAGAGAUCUGCAGAGCAAAAAGUGGACGAUCAUCAUGAUUGUAAUCAAAAGACCCAUCACUCAAUGUUCUCGAAAUUGAGGUCUCUGAACAUUGAAGAAUGUCAUGAAUUGGAAUUUAUAUUGCCAAUUCCUUGCAAAGAGCUAGAAAGCGUGAAAAUCCGUGGUUGUAAUAAGCUAGAAUUCAUAUUUCGGCAAUGUUUAGAGGAGGGAGGUAUGCGUCAAAUGGAAAAGGAAACCAUACUCCCCUCACUACAAGAAAUAGAAAUUGCAAACGUAUCCAAAUUCAUCAACAUAUAUCCAGAAUAUUAUCUCCCACAGUCUUCUGAAGUGCAAAAAUCAUGGGGCCCUCUGUGUCGUUUAUCUUCAAAAGCAAGUGCCUUCAGCAUCAAUGAACUAUCUUUUUCCAGGGCCAAUCAAUUGAACCUUACUUAG